AUGUAGCUUAUAAGUGAUCGUGAAGAUCCAGAACAGUUAAUAACUUAAGGAGCAUGUUCUGUAGAGAUUCCAAUAUAAAGAAACAGACCUUCUUCAUAAUAUAUGUUUCAUGGUUCUUAGAACAGAAAAUUAAAAACUUAAACUACUAUUUCUAUAUUUGGGUAUUACAAUUGAUUAAUUAACAGGACUUUUAAUACAUAAGAGGAUAAAACAACAAUAACAAGAGAUACUAGAAGUGUAUUUGUUAGGAUUGUAAGAAAAUUGAUAAUCAUAAAAUGUUUUUUUGAUUCAUUAGAAUAAUAUCGAAAGGAGAGAUUGUAAUAAAGAAUUGAAUUUUAUUUUUAAAAAAGAACAAAAAUGAUUCCAUUUUAUCCAGAUGAUUGUUUUAUUGUUUUUUGGAUGAAAAUCAUAACUCUAAUGUAAUUUUGUUCGUGCAUAAUUUACCCGCUGUUUAUUACAUUUAAUGAGUUAGAGAAAGAAUUAUACAUUAUAGUGAUUAUUUUGGAUCUUUUUUUCUCAAUAGACAUACUAUUAACCUUUUUGACAGCCUACAUAGAUGAAACAUCUUCUUUAAAAAUUAAUAUAUUUGAUAUCGCAACACAUUAUUUAAAAACAUGGUUUAUUUUUGAUUUAAUAUCGAUAUUCCCUUGGAUUUAAUUAGGAAUAGAUGAUUUGAGAUUUUUCAGACUUUGCAGAAUAUUAAAAUAUUUUAUUUAUAAAUAAAAGCAUAGCUAUAAAGGUUAAGCAGAAUAAAAAAAAGUAAUACCAUCAUUUAUGCCAGAUAAUAAUAUAUAAUUGAAGGAAGGAAUAAAAUUUAUAAUAGAUGUUAUGGUAACAGCUUUUAUAUUGAUACAUAUAUUUGCUUGUGGAUAUCAUUAUUUAUUAGAUAUAACAUAUAUAGAUGCAUUUUAUCAAUCAACUCAAACAAUAACAACAAUAGGAUAUGGUGAUUGCUCUCAAUUUAUAAUUUAUGAAUAUUAAACUUUAUGGUUGAUUUUAGGUGUUGGAUUUUAUACAUUUACAAUAGGUGAUUUUGCAUAUAUGAUGUAAAGAUCUGGAAUUAAUUAAGAUGAUGAAUAUUAUUUUUAAUUAGAAUAAUUGUGUUAUAUUUCUGAUUUUCCAGAAAAGAUAAGAAAUUAAUUUUAAAGAUUUAUAUCAACCAAUCUAAAUAACAAUGCUUUUUGGUCUAGUUAUCAUAAGAAAAUGGUACAUGAUUUACCAUACUAAAUAUAAAAUUAUUUAGUUUUAAGUGGUAUGCUUAAAAUUUGUGAAGCAGUACCUUUCUUUAUGUAAGAUAUUAAUUUUACUAUUGAAUUAUUAAAUAAUGUUUAAUUCUUUGUAAUUGAAUAGAAUGAUCUUAUAUAUAGAGAAGGAUAGAAUUCAAAUGAAAUUUAUUUCUUAUUAUAGGGUGAUGUAAGAAUAAUGACAAAAACAAAAUUCACUUUAUUAAAUAUUUUAGAAGGGACAAUGUUUGGAGAAUUUGAAGCAAUUGAAGAAACAUUAAGAGCUACUUAUGCUGUAGCUCUAUAAAGAUCUUUGAUUUUAAAGGUUGAUUAUACAAUAUUAGAGAAAUCUAUGAAGAUGAGCCCAAAUUUGUAUUUUGAAGUUUAAUAAUUAUUUCAUAGAAGACGUAAAUUAUUGAUAAAUAAUUUAAAAGUUUAGAAAUGUAUGUAUUUAUAAACUAUAUUAGUUAGCUUAACGAAAAAAAGUUAGGAGAUCGGUUUUAAUAUAAUUCAGCCAUGAAUAAUUACAAUAUACUAGAUAAGAGAUGAAAAAGUAAAGAGAAAUAAGAGAAUUAAAAAAUAUAAAUGAAUAUAAUUAAUUGGUUCUACAAUAGUUGAUAGAUAAAAAGAGACAUAAAUAUGAUUAAUUAUUAACAAGAUUUAAGUCUGUAGUGUUUAGAAUUAUUCAUUUUAAUUAAUAAUUGAAUAGAACUCCACCAGAAGAUUGGAAAGAUUUAGAUAAUUAUAAUUUAAUUAGGAGAGUAUUUCCAUUACGUUGUUUAUCAGAUAAAUUUUAAGUGUUUUUUAGAAAGUCAUCAUCUGUUCAUAGUUAAUCAAUUCAUCGAAGUUCUAUUAGAAAAAGAAUAGAUUAUCAUAAAUAUAAUAAAUAUAAUUGGAGAUUAAGUGAUGUAUAAAUAAAAUAGAUUAUUUUAAUGCACAAUAAAAGAUCAGUUAAAGUAUAUCCAACUUUAAGUAAUAUUGUAUCAACUUACUAAGGAGGUACUGUAGCAUCAUCUCCUUAGAGAAUUAAUAGAUAUUAUCCUAGAUGGAUAAAAGAUUUGGUACAAGAAGAUUAUACUUCAGAAGAGAUGGAAUAAUUUGUAUGGAAAUAUCAUCAAAUAAAUAAGAGAUUAGAUAGAAUUGAUAAAAUGUGGACAAAAGGAUUAAUACUUAGAUUUGACAAGUUUAAAUUAAAAAGUUAAAAUGAUUUAGAUCAUCUUGAUACUGAAUCUUCAGAUGAAAAAUGA